CCGCUGCAGCUGACAUUCGGCAUGAUGGCGGCGGAGCUACAGAGACCUGACACAAACAGUGACAGCUCCAGCCGGCUGGAAGUCUCCAUCGACGGCCUGACUCUGAGCCCCGAUUCAGAGGGCGAGCAGGAGCAGGUUGAAAGGUUAAAUCCUCUCGUGCGCGAGGAGGAGAGCGCGCUGCAAAGUAAAGCUCGCGGUAACGAUGGGGAAGACGAGCCUGAGACUGAGAAUGCCAAAACCAUGGAAAGGAAAUGGGGCUUCUCUCUCCAGGAGCUCUACGGUCUGGCUGUUAAAUUCUUCAAAGAGAAAGACGGGAAAGCCUUCCAUCCAACGUACGAGGAGAAGCUCCGUCUUGUUGCACUCCACAAGCAGGUGACGCUGGGGCCAUACAACCCGGAUGCCUGUCCCGAAGUCGGCUUCUUUGAUGUGCUUGGGAAUGACAGGAGGAAAGAGUGGGCAUCGUUGGGCAACAUGGAGAAGGAGGAUGCCAUGGUAGAGUUUGUCAGGCUACUGAACAAGUGCUGUAAAUUAUUUGCACCUUACAUCACAUCACACAAAAUUGAGAGAGAAGAACGAGAGAGGAAGAGGAAGGAAGAGGAAGAGCAGCGGCGCAGAGAGGAAGAGGAGCAGGAGCGCCGGCGUCAGGAGGAAGAGAGACGGCGCCAAGAGGAAGAGCAGCGGUUGCGGCGGGAGGAAGAGGAAAGGAGGCAGAUGGAGGAGGAGAGACUGCGUGUGGAGCAGCAGAAGCAGCAGAUCAUGGCAGCACUCAACGCCCAGACAGCGGUGCAAUUUCAGCAGUACGCUGCCCAGCAAUACCCAGGCAACGUGGAGCAGCAGCAGGUGCUCAUCCGCCAGCUGCAGGAACAGCACUACCAGCAGUACAUGCAGCAGCUCUACCAGGUGCAGCUGGCACAGCAGCAGGCUGCCUUACAGAAGCAGCAGGAGGAAGCGAUUGUGUCAUCUUCGUCUGAGGGAGGGUUGUGCGCUGCCCGUCCCAGUGCUAUGGACAGCCCUGCUCUGAAUGGGCAACCUAGUGCACAUGCGGAGUGUCUGGAUCGAGAGUCUGAGGUGGAGCCUGCCGAGGAACUGAUAGAAAAUGGACCAGUAGAUGUGGCCCCUGUGAUUGCUGCCCCCUCUAUGUGGACGCGACCACAGAUCAAGGACUUUAAGGAGAAGAUCCGGCAGGAUGCAGACUCUGUGAUUACAGUGGGCCGGGGUGAGGUGGUGACGGUGCGUGUGCCCACCCACCAGGAGGGCUCCUACCUCUUCUGGGAGUUUGCCACGGACCACUAUGAUAUCGGCUUUGGUGUAUACUUUGAGUGGACAGACUCGGCCAACGCGGCAGUCAGCGUCCACGUCAGCGAGUCAAGCGAUGACGAAGAGGACGAGAGUGGGGACGGCCCAAGUGAGGAAGAAAAAGCCAAAAAGAAUGCAAGCAAGCCCCAGGUGGAUGAGAUAGUGCCGGUGUACCGGCGGGACUGCCACGAGGAGGUGUACGCUGGGAGCCAUCAGUACCCCGGGCGAGGGGUGUAUCUGCUCAAGUUCGACAACUCUUACUCUCUCUGGCGAUCCAAAACGGUCUACUACAGAGUGUACUACACCAGAUAGGUCCAAAGUCUAACGCUGGAGGCUUUCCCAGUGCCCCCUCAGGGUCUGGAGAGGAGGCGAGGAGCACACAUUUGCAUGCCCAGUAGGAGGGCCUCUUGUCCUUUUCUGAAAGGAGAUGAGUAGUUCAGCCCCAUAUCCCCACCUCUCUGCUCACAGCUCACGUUUGUUUCCAGCGAAACACUGCCGUAGCUUUCCAGCAGAACUGAGCGCCAUUCCCUUCUUUCUUUUUCUUUUAAUCCCCUCUUGUAUAAUUCUGUGCUCUGUUUUCAGUGGUUAUACACGAUGUAUACGCUGCAUUAGAUCCACAUAUUAACAUCUACAAAGGCAGCAUUCAUGAGCAACAUAAUUUUUGCAAUACAAAAGAAAACAUUUAAGGAUUAAAUGGCAUCAGAACAUGACCAGAUAUUCCAUAAUUGCAGAUACUUAAGAUGGAGGGAAAUGCAGCCAAAAUACUGCAAAAAGUGAAAUAUAGACUAUUGUGGUAAAAAUGAAAUCCUGUUCAAAUGUUACAGAUCAUCAUAACUAAAAGGAGCAAAGUAGGAGCUACAAACAGUGUGUAGCUGCAUGUGUGUGUGCACCUGGACUCUCUGGGCUGCUGCAAGUACAUCUGUUGAAGGUUUGACUGGGGUGUUUUGUUUCCUGGAAACCACAUUUUCUGUAACUGCUAAAAGCAGCCCUGGCUCUCAUUCAUUUUUGAAUAAA